GCGCUGCGGAGACAAGCGGACUACUGCCGGAGCGCGCUCCACAUCACUCACACACACCUCCCAGACAAAGAGAAGCAGCCAGGCUUCACAGCAUCCCAGCCGUGCACCAGCCCAGUCCCGACCCGGCUCCCGAAACCCCCACAACCAUGAGCGCCAACGGAGCCGCCAACGGAACCAGCGACAUGCUGCAGAUCCAGUUCGGCCUCAUCAACUGCGGGAACAAGUAUCUGACGGCGGAGACGUUCGGCUUCAAGAUCAACGCGUGCGCCGCCAGCCUGAAGAAGAAGCAGAUCUGGACGCUGGAGCAGGGCGGGGACGAGCCCCGCGGGGACGUGUUCGUGCUGCGGUCCCACCUGGGCCGGUACCUGGCCGCGGACAAGGACGGGAACGUGAGCGGGGACAGCGAGGAGCCCGGGCCCGAAUGCCGCUUCAUCAUCUCCGCCCACGACGACGGCCGCUGGUCGCUGCAGUCCGAGCAGCAGCAGCGCUACCUGGGCGGCACCGAGGACCGCAUCACCUGCUUCUCCCAGGUGGUGUCCGCGGCGGAGAAGUGGAGCGUGCACAUCGCCAUGCACCCGCAGGUCAACCUGUUCAGCGUGACGCGCAAGCGCUACGCGCACCUGAGCGGCGAGGCGGACGAGGUGUCCAUCGACCGGGACGUGCCGUGGGGCGUGCACGCUACCAUCACGCUGCUGUUCCGCCAGCAGCGCUACCACCUGCAGACGGCCGACCACCGCUUCCUGCGCAGCGGCGGCGCGCUCAGCCAAGACACCGCCGCCGACACGGGCUUCACGCUGGAGUUCCGCUCCGGCAAGGUGGCGUUCAGGGACUGCGGGGGCCGGUACCUGGCCCCGUCCGGGCCCUCCGGCACCAUGAAGUCCGGCAAGAGCGUGAGGGUGGGCAAGGACGAGCUGUUCGUGAUGGAGCAGAGCCGCCCGCAGGUGGUGCUGACCGCGGCCAACGAGAGGAACGUCUCCACCCGGCAAGGCAUGGACCUGUCGGCCAAUCAAGACGAGGAAGGAGACCAAGAAGUCUUCCAGGUGGAGAUCUGCCGCGAGAACAGGAAGUGUGCGUUCCGGACCGCUGCGGGGAAGUACUGGACCCUCACUGCCAACGGCGGCCUGCAGUGCACCGCCUCCACCAAGUCGGCUAACUGCUACUUUGACAUCGAGUGGCGUGGGAAGAGGCUGACUCUCCGGGCCGCUAACGGGAAAUACGUGGCAGCCAAGAAAAACGGCCAGCUCGCGGCCACCAUGGACUCGGCAGGAGAGUCUGAGGAGUUCAUCAUGAAGCUGAUCAACCGGCCCAUCAUCGUGCUGCGAGGGGAGCACGGCUUCAUCGGCUGCAGGAAGGUGACCGGGACGCUGGACUCCAACCGCUCCUCCUACGACUACUUCACCCUGGAGUUCAGGGAUGGAGCGUACAGCCUGCAGGACUCCACAGGAAAGUACUGGAUGGUUGGAAACGAGCAGUCGGUGAUCAGCAGCAGCGACACCCCCGUCGACUUCCUGUUCGAGUUCUGCGACUACAACAAGCUGGCCAUUCGCCACGGCGCCGACGGCAAGUACCUGCGCGGAGACCACGCCGGCGUGCUGAAGGCCAACGCCGACGACCUGGAGGCCGCCACGCUCUGGGAGUACUGAGGGAAACGGGGGAACCACGGCAGUGGGGGCGCACUCCCUCACUGCCUCUCUGAUCUACCUGCCCCCCCCCCCACCUUUAUAUUAAAGCCCCUUCCCUUUUGUCCUCCCUUCAGUUCUCAGCUCUGCCUGCAGUCCUGAUCUUUAUCUGUUGCCAUAGUUACCACAGGGCUGUGCACUUUCCUGCUUCAACCUGGUUUGCUGCUCGACUCGCCACUCGCUCCGUCCUCGCCUUACGGGUGGGCUGCCCCCCCUCCCAGAGCAGAGCCACAUUUACACCCCCUCCCCCCAAAAAAAGAUGUUUCCACGUCCGUGUAUGUUUCCAAUGGUGUAUGUGUGUGUGAGCAGCACGCGGUGGCAGUAUUUAUGGUGUCUGAGCUGGUCUGGUAGAAGAUCUGCUGUUUCUAUCUGAUCUAAUCCCCUGAAUCAGACCCCCCCCCCCCCCCCCCCCCCGGGUCAGGAUCUAGUCAGCUCUUCCUGCUAGCUGGUCUGGUUUCUGUGCGGUUGGGUCUCGUAGACACCGUCUCUGCCUCUGCCAGGCCGAGCUCUGGCCUCGUGAGCAGGGCUGGUUGCCCGUGACGACUGUAAUAUAACUAGCGGUUCUGAUGAAGAUAUAGAAGAUUAUGUAACUGUCGGGACUAAACCCACCUCUCAUCUCAAGUGUAAAAACAGCCAGAUAUUAGCCGUAUCUCCCGUGUUUCCCCUCUUAGCCGUGUUCUUAUUGGUGAGGAUGUAGGAAGUCGACACUCGUUCUCCCCGCCCUCUGCAAGUUGAAGCUGUUGCCACGGGAACAGCGUAAACGACUAAAAUUAAACAAAAGUGCAGCCACGUCUCUCAACUGCACUCGUGUAUCGUUUAGAAAGUAAAUCACUUGCACAGAUGGAUUAAUUUCUUUUUCUACGUCCAAGGCACAGACAUUAUCAUGGGUGGGUGUACAGUAGGUUGCCAUAGCGACGGUGAUGUGAUUGACAUUUUGGAAGCUGCUUCUUUUUUUUUUCUGUUUUCUUUCUAUUUUAAAUUCCCUCGACCAAACAAACACACACCUGAGCCUUUACAGACCGAAGCUUUGAUACUGGACUAACAUCUCAUCAAACUGAUUAAAAACUGAAACCUGGUGCUACUUACGACUUCAUCUCACACGUGGUCUGGAUGUUUGUGUUCCUGCCACUUCUGUCCUACUCCUGACAGACUCGCUACAAAAAUGUGCUCCAUCUCUCCAUGUUGUCAUGACAGAAUCCACUAAAUACUCGUUCCUGUAGUCGUGUAGCUGCUUGUAGCCUCUCGACUGCCCUUCGUCAGCCUGCUUCCUGUAACAUGAGCAGAAAUGUUUCCGUCUCUUUCCCAGUAACAAUUAUCCCUCCGCUCGGCCCAGACGUUGAAAUCAGCACCGAUAACCAAUCACUGUAAACCAUCAAGUCAUGGAUGAUUGUAGCGGGUCCUCUUGUUUCUCUCUGGAGGUUUAUCUGUAACGAAGGUUCAGCAUCUCAAGUGAAGGAGCGGUUUCUCCUCAGACGUGGAAGGCUCGGCGUGGUAAUGACUGUGCCUUUUACUCUUGAGUUUUCAGGCAGUAGGAAAAUGAAAUGAAAGGGUCCACACUUUUGCUUUGUAAAACUGGAACUUCCUUUUGUAUUAUUUUGUACAAGUAUUAUUCUUUUUGAUAUCGUGGAUUAAUCUCUCUUGUGCCAUUGGUUCACCUGAAAUCCAACGAUGAAUAAAACUGGGUUUGCAAUGCUGCGACUGUGGGCUCCUCUUUUCUUCCCUGUGGGUUUCUCUCCAA